AUGUUCUCACAGACGACUUUCAAGCGCUGGGUGGCAAAAAGUGUUCAGGGCAAAGAUGCCCAGCAAUACUACAGCCAAUGGCCCAGCCUCUACUAUCUUGGUGGGAUAUUCUUGGACGACAACGAGGUGCGAAACGGACUCGAUAAACUUCUAGGUAAGUACAAGUACGUCUUUUCCGAAAUUGAAAUCUCGCAGAGUGGCCACGCGGAUACGGUCGCCGUCGCCGUGUGGGAUUCCCACGCCCGGACGACGACGCUGUUUUCCGUGACUAGUCUCCAACACAUACCCGAACCCGAAAUUACAAAUGCACUUUCUACACUAACCACCGAUGCGUACACGCACACCCACGCUUCCCUUGCACCAAUGUACAUGGCUGUCGACACGCUUGUAGGCCUGCUCCUGUUUGUGGAUCUUUGUCUGCACUUCCCCCACAUUUCACCCGACAUAGUCAAGUCCACGCUGCAGACUAUAAACGCCCCAGACACAGUGCGUGAAUAUGAGUAUGGUACCGCUAAAUUCGACGCGGAGUACAAUCUAGACAUUGUAGAAUCGUCUAUCGUGCAUACGUUUGUAGACUACGACUCGGCCGAUAUUGUUGACCAAAAUUUUGCCGGCCAAAAUGCGGUAACGCUAUUCCAGAAUCCACAGCACAGUGUGUCCAAGUGCGAGUUGGUGCGAGUCUUUACUAGCGGUGAACAACAACACUACGACAUCACAUCGCUAUUUACAAGUGGAGACUUGCUCAACAUAAAACUGACCUUCCAGUCACCCGUGAGCAUCCUUAACCAGACCGUGACCGCCAAGCGCGUGCAGACAAAAGUCGCUCUGCGCGGUGUGCCCAGCGGACGGGCGUUUACAAACCGGCGGUUCAUGUCCACCCUGCUAUCGGAUGUGUUUGGGGCGGAAAUGGGGUGCGAGAUCACCGACCAGAGCGUUCCGCUGUCGAACAGGGACGACAGCAUGUCCGCGUCCGUAGUGAAGCGGCUUUGCACGGGCGAAGGCUCGCUAAUCAUCAAGCUGGAAAGCAACGCCGGCUGCGACAGCGACCUGCAGUUUGAGCGGACGGUGUACAAGGACAUUGUCAGCUUCAUGAUGAUGACGGGGAUUGGCCUUAACAUUAUGCCCGUGGUGUACACGGGUAAAUGCAAGGGUGCGGGCUAUGUGGUCAUCCCCGAAGUCGACCGGACGCUUUCGAAUCUCAUGGAAGAUCCCAACGUGGACCUGGGUCCGCUGGGGAUGGAAAAGAUUGUUUUGCAGGUAAUGCUCGGAAUCGUGGCCCUGUCGUACUGCGAUUUGCAGCAUCAGGAUCUGCACCUGGAGAAUAGAACCGACUGUAGUCGAGUACUCGCUACCUGA